AUGCAAGUCAUGUCAUCGGCAAAUCAUCAUAGGAAAUAUGAUUCCGGCUAUCAAAAGCGUAGAAAGAAACAAAGAGUCGAUGAACUAAUUGAAUCUCAUAAAGGGGCCAUGGAAAGAUUUAUUAGGAAAGAACCACCAGUUAAUCAAACACUUGAUCAGGGUACUACACAAAAUACUAGUGUUCCUAAUGAUGGUGAGACUGAGACACAGGUAGAGAACAUUCCUCCUACACUUGAGGAAAACAUUGAGGAAGUUCCUAAUAAUGGUGAUAACAUGGAUGGCACUAGCAUUGAUAAAUGA